UAAUGAAAAUGAAUCAGAUGCUGUUUGGGUUCGAGUCUUUCCCUAAUCGAAUUUCCAAUAUUCGCCUUCAUGCCUCUGCUGUAGGUCUUCAUCUUCGACAUUGUCGUUCCAAGGACAGCAAAAGGGACCUCAGGAUUUCACAGAUUGGGAAAGGAGAGGGCGGGAGGCUACGAUGAUAACUCGAUCGAAUCUCGCCGAACAGCUAAGAGAAUAUCAGAUUCGAUCCAAACACGACUGGGCCUCUAUCUCCUUCUUCUCCUCCACCUCUUCAAAUUUUUCGACUUCUAGGGUGGAUGUUGUGGUCUUUGUGAUAUGGGAACUUGUCAUUUUAGCAUUCCUGGUCUUUUCGGCAGUCUCUUUGUACUUUAGGAACGUCCGGCUAGCUUUUAUAUUAGUCAGCAUCACUGUUUCAUUGCUUUUAUGCAUGAAAAUUACAAAGCAAGUAAGACUGGCGAGGAAAAAGAAACGAAGGAUGCUUCUUCCAUUGUCCAUGUAAUUGUAAAAUGAUAGCAAGUCUUGAUCUCUUGCCUAUACUAUGCGCAUUUCUUUUCUCCCCAAUCCCUAUAUAAUGCAUUAGUGGUCCUGAGCAUUCUCGAUCAAUGAUCACUGCCGGUGGUUCGGCGACUCUUUCAUUAUUGGAUUGUGCCACAUCUAGCAAGCUGAUGAAAGUAUAUAAUUGAAGAUUUUACCUCAAAUCAAGCUUUCCAAAUUGACGCAUGAUAUGGAAGAUGGGUUGGUCGAGCAUAGAAAUAAUAAUCAACAUGUGAAUUCCUGGGUGGUUGCUUGCAGCGGAUAAGUAUGCUACCUCUCCACGCUGUUUGAACCAGAUGCACCUUUUAUCCACAAACCCGUUGUAUGUCUUAAUAUUUCUGAAAUUUGUUUGCAGAAAUUUCUUUCUACUUAUCUCUGAUAUAUCGACUCCUCGGUUAUGUCAUCACUAACUUGUAAUCUUUGAACUACAAUCUAAGUGGGAUAUUUGUUUUAACUGUUAUCUUAUAUCAUUUGAUUUCAAUGAAAAUCAACUGAGUAAUAAUUAUUUCAA